ACUAUACAGGAACAGAUCAUAAUAAUUAAUUAUUAUAGAAGAAGGUUCUCAAAUGAUGAUACAGAUGCAUCUACAUUCAUUGUUUUGUGGCGGGUAUUUAUGGAACUGGUGAUGGGACUCUCUAUCAACUCUGGUACACUCAUAACUCCAUUCUCGAUUUGGGACGUUUCAACUUUCACAUUCGAGUCAAAAUAAUGUGCACAGCUGAUGCAUCUAUACGUACUUCUCAAUGUCACAGUUUCCAUAAUUAUUAUUUUCAGAGGCGAAACUGUCACUUUACACGCCCAUCCGGAACAACAUUGAGGUAACUAUUUGCAGGUGCAAGACUUGUAGUUCACUCAGAGCGUUAUCCCCAGAACCAGAAGAAUGGUUAGCGUGCUUAGGCUCAGGAGACUUCAAGUUCUCUGUGGACCAAGAUUAAUUCUUUGGAUAUUACACGAAGAAGACUGAUACUGAAACACUUGUUGCAUCAAUUAAUCCACCAACAGAGUGUUCUGCUGGUCAGGUCAUGGAGUGAUGCUAUCUAUGGCCAACUUCCUGAAGUUUUUUGAUAGUUAAGCCUCAGUUGUCCAUGUUAGACAGCAAUCGAAAUGUCGUCCAAACAGUGCACUUGACAAAGGGAGCAUUUGUAGCAAACAUGUCAUUCCCAUGGGGAGAAUACACUUAUUUGCUAGAAGAAGUCGAUACGAGUGGUGUUAGGAUCUCAGACCUGGAGAGUAUGAGCUCGUUGCUAAUGGUGAUACAACUAUCGAAAUUGAUCGAUCUGAUACAUUUAAUUUUAGCCUCCUUCACUGGUGCAUGGCCUCCCCUGAAGAGAAGUGAUGAAGUGCGGCCUGGAAUCGAGGCUAAUUUAAUUUCAGCUUUUCCUGUUAGCAAUCUGAAUUCAUAUGCUUCAAAGUUUGAUUUUACUACUAUUUCCCCCAGAUUUAUUGCAACUUUGCAGAACAGAAGUGUAUCACUUUAUCCACAGGAGAGACUGUGAAUAUUGUUGUAGUAUCUUGGGUAUCGAGUUCCUCUGUUCAAAAGGGAUCGACUCACAUAAUUGAAUUCCAAGCAUUUAAUGGCUGUGUAUCUCUCAGAUACAAAAUUAAUUUGUGAUGAUUAAGGCUGCUGGGACUCCUCCUCCAGCAGAUGUCUGUGGAUGUCAGAAUGGUGGUACCUGUGUGGUGCAGACACGCCGUGGGUGGGAAUUCAAGAGGUGCUUGUGUAUAUCGGGAGAAAUUUUGUGAAACAGAGAGAGGCUGUGUUGAAGGAGGGUUACCUUGUCAAGGCUCCAGAUGUAUCUAAAUAUGUGCAUAAUUUUAAGAAGUGGCAGCGAAAAUGGUUCCAACUAAACACCAGCGGAGACCUAUACUUCUAUGACAACGAUAAGACGAGCAAGCCAACUGGUGUGAUCCACCUCCUGCAAUGCACUCGGUUAUUUGACGCCAAGUCACGAGGGCUACAGACCUCCUACUGCUGUGGGAUCGACACUGGGGAUCUGACAUUCUAUGUAAAGGCCGAGUCUGCUAAGAGUUAUAGAGAGUGGAUAAAGCCGAUGAGUGAGUUUGCGGAUGUGUGUGAGGUAGAUAUUGAAGCCCUUGAUGAGCGGAGGGGUACGUUGACCACUGGUGAGAGGCGUGGCACUUUGCCUGAUGAUGGUAGACGAGGGACACUCUCGGAGGAAGGGAGGCAUGGCACUCUACUGUCGGACAGAGACAGGGCUGAGAGUGUACAGAGCAGACAUUUGAGCAUCUCUGCUUUGACAAAGUUUCUGACCAAGGAGGGAUGGUUAGCGAAGACGGGAUCAAAUAACAAGGGGUGGAAGGAUCGCUACUUCAGGCUCAAAAAUGGAAAAUUGUACUAUUACAAAGACAGUAAGACUGACUCCUCUCUGAGUGAUAUAGAUCUCUUCAACAGCACCAGUAUCGAGAAUGCCCCAGGGAAAAAGGGACAUGGCAUUGACAUCCAUAUGCCAGGUCGAGUGUAUAACCUGUCAGCUGAGAACAAAGACGACUGUGAUGAUUGGACAGCAGUGCUCUCUCACACCCUGACACUCAUUGCAGACAUUCGGGAUCCCUCUACAUCCAGUGUCCCCCGUACUGGCAGCAACACUUCCAUUCAGUCAGCCACUAGCACCAGUGAUAGGGACACCGCCACCACUACCACUCCAGUCAGUGAGAGGAAAUAUGUGCAAGCAACAGGGGGCUCUAGUGGUAGGGAGGAGGACAAAGACAGUGUGGUACAGCUGCUAGAGGCAGAGGUGGAGGCGUUGCGAGACAAGCUAGCCAGUCUGCAGUCUGACCUCAAAGCAAACUCUGCACACAACAAACAGCUGCAACAGAAACUAUUGGAGGUCAAAAGGUCACACUCCUCUAGAGAAAAGGAGCUGUUGGAUGAGAAUGAGCAGUUGUCAGCACAGGUAUCUCGCCUGGAGAAGUCUAAACGAGAGCUAGAGACGGUCAAUGACAGUGUGCAGACACAACUAGAGGAGCAACUCGACAAAGUGCAGGAGUUGGAGGAAGAGUUGUUGGUGACCAGACAGGACCUGGAGGAUGCUCAGACCAACAAUGCUACAAUAGAGGAGGACCUCAGUGAAACACAGCAAAGGUUACAGGAGAUAGAGCAGGUAGCCCACGACCUGGAGGCUUCCCUGAGGAAGAAAGAGAGUGAACCGGCCACCCCCAUCUCAACCAGCUUCAAAGGGCUCCCCUCGCUAUUAGAGAACCCCCUGGGGGAUAAGGCCAGGGUAACAGUGGAGGAAGCUGCCCUAAGGCUGGAGGGAGAGUCUCAGCAGUCAUCCGAAUCAACGAAUGAGCUCAAACAAGAACUGUCUCAGCUCGCCAAAGACAAAGACGACCUCUUGGAGCAGGUGAAGAUCCUCCAAGCCAGUCUAGCACUUGCAGAGUCUAAGCAACCAGCCAUAAAUCAGGAAAAUGACUCCAGCAAGGUGCUCGAAGAGGAGAGGCUGAAAUGGCAGAUGGAAAUGGAGAACAUGCGGCGUGAAUUAAAUGAUGGUUUGAAUGGUGAGCGGGAGGUGUGGGUACUUGAGAAGAGGGGCCUCGAAAAUACGGUGGAUGAGCUACGAAAGAGGUUGGUGUCUCAAGACAGAGUAGCAGAGCUGGAGGGACAACUGUCACAGUCUCAAACCAGGGUCACUGAGCUUGAGAGUGAGGUUGAGAGUGGCAGGGAGAGACUGUCCCAGCUCCAAGUGCAAAAUAAGAAGGCAGUAACUGACCUGAUUGCAAUCAGGAAGACAAACAAGAGCAUGGAAAAGAGGAUGAGCGAGUCUGAGGACACUCGAGUUCCCAGCCCCAUGAACUCACUGGUGAGAGAGGACUCAUGCAAUUCUCCUGUGUGUGGUCCGGACACCCCAGAGGUGGUGGGCCGGGUAACUGAGCUGGAGCAACAACUUGAGCAACUAAAUACUACCCUCACUGAUGUCCAGAACGAAAGGGACAUACUUAUGACUAAAGUGGACAGACUCACGUCUGGCAUUCAGAGCACUCCAGACUUUGGGUUCAAAUUCAAGGCUGGAGCCUCAGUCGUUGGGAGUAACAUCACCAGCUCUGGCCACAGCGUCCCCUCUCUGUCUAAUGGUAGCACUCCUCAUUCAGACAAUGUCAGUGAGACCUCCAACCCAGAUGCCCCUCCCCCUAAGCCAAAGAGACCUCCUAAAGAUCUGAUCUCUAAGCUGACACAAAACAAGCAAGUAGAAGAAGUACCACUGGAGACAAAAAUCAGGACCCGAACGGCCAGCUUCCUCAAGUCCAUCAAAACGAUGAUGAUGUGAAGCCACUGAGGGCCUUUUAGGAAGAGGUAUUAAUUGUCUGAUUUUCUGUUGCUGUUGUUUGUACAGUGUGAUAAUUGUAUGUACUUUUACUUAAAGCUUGUAAUUAUUGAAACAACUGCUUCUUAUUCUCAACUUUUUUCGAAGCUUUUUCUUAACGCAUAGAAUUUUACUUUACAUUAUAAUUAUUUCAGGAAAAUCAGUUGAUCAGAACUUUUUGAAUAAUUAUUGUUUACAUUUCUAUG